AUGAAGCUCCUUGAACUCCUACUAAUCUUGGGUCUCUUCCAAUUCCACCAACUCGGGUUUCCGGCGAUUCAACCGCCGAAGUCAUCGCCGGCUCCCUCGCCAUGGCCGGAACAAUUCCACAUGCUUCUGUACAUGAACUUGAGCUCAGGUCAUCUACAGAUCACAGAUCUCUGGUACGAUUGGCCUAAGGGCAGGAACGUAAAUAUAAUGCAGAAGCAAUUAGGGGAGCUACUGUAUGAUGUGGAGUGGGAUAAUGGAACUUCCUUCUAUUAUACGCUGGGUGCGAAUGGUGCUUGCAGGACUGUGUCUUUCGAGGUGGGUAUUCCUCGGCCGGAUUGGUUGGAAGGGGCGAAUUACGUCGGAAGGGAUUAUACUGAUGGGUUCCUCUGCAAUGUGUGGGAGAAGGUUGAUUUCAUUUGGUACUACGAAGAUGUUGUCACCAAGAUUCCAGUCAGAUGGGAUUUUUAUGACGGAAUAUCCACGCACGUGAUGAAAUAUGAAGUAGGGGCAGCGUUGGAAGACUCACAAGUGCAGGCACCAGUGUAUUGUUUCCAAGAAGGGAAAGAGUUCCUCAGCACAGCUUUUCAGCCACCCCUAGAGAGGGGCUUCUUGAAGCACAUCUAA